AUGCAGCUCGCGAAACAAGCGUAUACCGCCUUCAAUCGCGAGAAACCGCACUCUUCCAUCACCGAAUGGAUCGAGAUCCUGACGACAACUGAGUAUGAAGACGAAGCUUACGAUGGGAUUCCAGAGGUCGUCGACUCCAUUAACAUUCAGGCUACAGGUCCUGCGGAGGCAUCCAGAGCUAUUAGGAAGAAGCUCAAGCACGGAAAUGCUCAUCAGCAAUACCGUGCACUGGUUAUUCUGAGAGCGAUCGUCGAAAAUGGCGGCCACAAGUUUCAGACUUCGUUCGCCGACUCACAACUUACCGACGCCAUAAGGACUAUAGUGUCCGAUGCUUCCACCGACCCCAAAGUGAAGAAGAAAGUCAUCUCUGUCCUCUCUUCAUGGCAUUCCCAAUUCAAGGAUGACCCCGACAUGCAGCUCGUCGCCGGCCUUGCUAGGCAAUGCAGAAUACCCGAUGUGCAGCGCGAGGCGCAUCGAAUUCAGGCGCACAAGCAGGCAAUGGAGACGGAAACGGAGGAGAGAAAGAAAAGAGAAGAAGAGAAACAGCAGAAAGAGGAGGAGAAGCGGAAGGCGAAGGAGAAGGCGAAGAAGGAGCGGGAACGAAAGGAGGAGGAGGAGAAGCGAAAGAAGGCUGUUCGCAGCAAGGUCAAGAGAAAGGCUUUCGAUUUUGAACAGGAGAAGCCCCAGAUUCUGAUUGCCAUCGCGAAUGCAUCGCAAGCCUCCAAUAAUCUUGUCAAUGCUAUCACUCUCGUCGACACUGCGCAUGACAGUCUUCAACGCAACGAGCGUGUACAAGAUUGCCUCGGUAAGGCCAAGCUGGCAAGGAAGCAAAUCGUGAGAUAUAUUCAGCUCGUGGAGAACGAGGACGUAAUAGGCACACUCAUCGAGUCCAAUGACCGCAUCAUCGCUGCUUUGGAAAGUUAUGACAGGCUCUCCAAGCCUAACAUUACCGAGACGGACGUGAAGGAUGUUCAGGAAGGUCUUGCUGCUGCCAAGCUCAAUGACUCCGAACUCGGAAAGCUUCAGGAGAAGCAACGUGCGGCGGUACAACGAUCCCUUGAACGCGCUGGUUCGUCUGCCCAGUUAUACGAGAAAGAUAGGGAUACAGGCACUGCAGAAUACGUGCAUCCUGACUUACAGGAUCUGAAUUUCGGGCUACUAGGUGCAGAGGAGAAAAAUCUACCCCCACCAUUGCAGCCAUCUGCCCCACGUUCUUAUGACGACGACAAGUGGCGCCGAGGUUCCCUCUCAGAUUUCAGCGACUAUCAGUCGUCCGACGAGGAGGCCCACGAACGUAAUGCUGCCUCCGGUUCUACUUCACCUCGUGGGUAUGUCGACGUGUCGGACGACGAAGAUGUGGACGUGCGGCGCGAUCCGCACAAGGGAUUGCUCGAGGAGGACCCCUUUGCAGAUCCCUUUGUCGACCAAGAUGAUCCGGGUACCCCGGAACUCCCCAGUGUUGGCAGGCGCGAAGUGGUGUGGUGA